AUGGCGGCAAAAGCUGAAGAGUUCAUCAGGUUACUUCAAGGAGAUAUAUCUCAGCAACUGAAGCUUGCUGGAGAAUAUUCCAAUUUGACAUACAUUACAAACAGCCAGCAGUUGAAAGAUAACCAUUCCAUUUACCUGGAGAGCACACAGAGAAACACAUGGACUAGGAGAAAAAAUGGAUUGUCAAUUGGAAGAAUUUACUUCGUGCAUCCUUCAACUGGAGAACGCUUCUAUUUGAGAAAGUUGUUAAAUUUUGUCAAAGAAAGCACUUCUUAUGAAAGUAUUAGAACAAUAAAUGGGGUGACAUAUCCUAAUUUUAAAGGUGCAUGCUAUGCUUUGGGAUUGUUAGACGAUUAUAAAGAGUGGAUAGAUUGCUUGACUGAAGCUGCAAUAUGGGCAACUGGAAAAGAUUUAAGACAUCUUUUCGUCAUGAUACUCAUUCACUGUCAGGUUUCUGAUGCAUCACAACUUUGGAAAUCUAAUUAUAUUGCAUUGUCAGAAGACAUAACUUCAUCGCAAAGGAAGAGAUUUAGAAUGAAUGAUCUUAAGUUAACUGAACAACAAGUUGAAGCAUACACAUUGUUCGAGAUUGAAAGUAUCAUGAUGAAGAUGGGAAAAAGUUUGAAAGAUAUAGAUGGAAUGCCCUUGCCUAAUCCAUCUUUGAUAAGAGACUCGGCAGAGUUGACUUGUGAAAUUCAACAAGGCACCCUACUAGCUAGACUUCUUGUGAAAACUUCUUUGAUCAUUUGGGAUGAAGCACCUAUGGCAAAUAAGUUCUUCUUUGAAUCUUUGGAUAAUACCUUAAGAAAUAUUCUAAGAACAAGGUUUGAAAAUAGCUCUAACAAACCUUUUCGAGGACUUACAAUAAUUGGAGAUGGUUCAUUAUAUGAUGACAUUGAUAGAAAAUUAAUUAAGCUUCCUUCUGAUAUCGCCAUAAAUCCAUCUCAAGAUCCACUGAAAUCCAUAGUUGAAGUUAUCUACCCAUCACUUUUACAAAAGUACAACGAUUCUGCAUAUUUGACAGAAAGAGCAAUACUAACACCAAAAAACGAAAUGGUCUAUGAACUAAAUGAGAUGAUUAUGAAUAUUAUACCUGGUGAAGGGAGAACAUAUUUUAGCUCAAACAGUAUAUGCAAAGCAAGUGUAAAGACAAAUGAUGAAGAUCUUUUGUAUCCAGCUGAAUUUUUGCAUAAUUUGAAAUUUAAUGGCAUCCCUAAUCAUGAGAUGCGACUUAAGGAAGGUGCUCCUGUAAUGCUCCUUAGAAAUCUAAAUCAAACAGAAGGCCUAUGCAAUGGCACAAGAUUGAUUAUCAAGCGUCUUGGUAAAUGGUCCAUUAGAGGGGACAUCAUUUCUAGAACAAAUAUUGGUGAAAAUGUCACAAUUCCAAGAAUUAUCAUGUCUCCCAAUGAAUCAAGAUGGCCAUUCAAUCUUAAUAGACGACAACUUCCGUUGGAACCAUGUUUUUCCAUGACAAUCAACAAAAGCCAAGGAAAAUCUCUUAAACAUGUUGGCUUGUACCUCCCUAAGCAAGUAUUCACCCACGGUCAAUUAUAUGUUGUUGUGUCCCGAGUUACCAUAAGAGAAGGAUUGAUCAUACUAAAUGUUGAUGAUGAGAUGUUAUCGGAUGCUUAUGUUGUGUGA